AUGAAGGCGGCUGUAGGACGCAGUGGCGGUGUGGUAUCAAUGCGCUGCACGGCGAGGGGGUCCCCUUGGACAGCACUCCCACUGGCCUCGACGGCGGCACUCGUGGGCGCCCAGGUGCGGGCGAAGCACUACAUCAGCUACCGGCUCGAGGGGGAGGACGAUCCCUACCGCCACCUGCGUAGAUGCAAGAGCCCGUCGAAGAAGAAGCAGUCGAGGCAGCAACCACAACACGACGAGGAGCUCUUGAUGGGCGAGGCCAAGGAGGAGGCUUCGUCUUCAUCGCUUGCCUCCUUCCUGUUUGGCCCAACCACGCAGCACGACGAAGAGGUGAACCGGAGUCCUGUGGAAGCGGCGACGAGCCAACGUGACGCGGAAGUGGCGUCGGGGCUGGGGGCGGGCGGAGGGGUGGUUCAUCGAAGCAAGGGGGCCAUGCCCUCCAGGCGACCGAGCGUCGAGGGCGGAGUUGGCGGCCAACUGACGGGAGGGGCGGCUGGACAAGGGCCACAACCCCAAACGCCGCGUGAACGAGGCGGAGGAGGAGAGGACCGAGGCAGCGCGGAGAGCAGGGCCAUGAUGGCUGAUCGGCCGCGAGUCGAAGGGGAAGACCAUGAGCCGGUGUUCUGGGUGAAGGAGACCGGCAAGAAGGUGCUCGAGAGGGUGGGUGGUGCUGCGGCGAGCGUUGGCCACACGGCCAAGCAGUUGUGGGUCGGCGCGCUGAAGAGGGUCAGCGCUCAGCCUGAUCACCACCAUGGACUGGUAGACAAGGCCAAAGAUGUGGGCAAGGGCACCGUCCACGUCGUUGAUACCGGGUACGAGAAGACCAUCGAGAAAGCAGCCGACAAGAUGCUGGAGGCUUUGGACGCGUCUCUAAAAAGCGCCAAGGCCAGAGGCUUUCCGCCGGGGCUCACGGUGACCACCAUCGCGUCGGUGAUGGGUGCGCAGCUAAUGAUGGCCUACACAACCAAGGAGGAGGACGUCAAGACAGAGUCCGGACGCAAGGAUGCGAACAUCACUCGACCGAAGCAACAGUCCCGCAAAACCGCACAGCCGCGACAGCGUAAGGAGAGCGAAAAGAGCAAGAAGGGGUCUGGCCACCUCGCUCAAGAGCAGAGAUAA